AUGCGGCGCGUUGGUAGUGGCAGUGCCGUGUACCGCAGACACAGCGCGGCGGCGGCGGCCCUUCUGCGCGGUUACCACAUGCCCGGGUGGAAGACGAAGGUGAGCACCAAAGAUGCGCGGACGCGGGAGCAGCGGGAGGCGGACCGCAAGGCGCGGCAGAUUGAAAAACUCCCGCGGCCACAGGCGCUGCAUGACUUUCAGUACCCUUACGAAAAGACUGUUCUGAGCGACUCGAUGUUUCAGUACCCCGUGUACGAGAACGACCUGGACACUCCGCAUCUCUUCAAUAUUGCACCGCCGCCAGACUUCUUUAUUUACUGGAAUGCGGCCGAUUUUGAGCGGACUUCGUACCCGCCGCUUCCGGACGAGGACCACCGAUUGCUGCUCCCACGCGCAGACUCGUUGGCGUGGAAAUCCCACCGUCGGCGCUCUCUAAGGUACCUCCGCAAACACGAGGUUUUGCCGCACUAUAUACCACACGUGCGUCAGGACGUGAAUCUCUCGGUUGUAUUUCCAGGGACGUACGCCACACGGGCCCGCCGGUGCGAAGAGACGGGCGAGGCUCUGCCUCCGCCGCAGCCCGUCACCGAAUUGACCCAGCGCAAUUUCUGGAUGACCGCCCACUGCGGGAAUUACAUUGAGCUGACCGACCUACAGCAUCCGCCUUCUAUUUUUUUCUUUGAGGAGCAAGAGGGUGAGGCAAAGGAGGCUGCCACUGGCGCCGAAUUUUACACGCUUGUGAUAGCCUCCCCCGACUUUCCCUAUCGCGUUCCCGCCGAGGUGGAUGGGCGAAGGAAAAAGGGAUUCUUCCUUAAUUACAUGGUGGUGAAUCUUCCUGGUGGCGGCACUGGCCCAGGUGCACCCGUGGCAAAUGGAGCGGUGGUGUAUACGCGCGGCGCUGACAAAAAGGGUGAUGUUGCCGUGCCAUACGUCCCUCCGCUGCCGACGGAGGACGCAGGGACUACUAGGCAUCUAUGCAUGCUCUUCAAGCAGUCUGGUUACGCGAGUGACAUAGCGGCUGUAAUGGAUGACACGGAGGAGGGCUUUACAGCUCGUACUGAUUUCUGUCUCCAUGCGCCUCAUCGAGAGGGGUUUUCGGCGUCGGCUGGAGCAACUCUUCAUGAGGUGGAUGCGGUGCUUCCUCCUGACCCGUGCGCCGUCACUUUUUUUCAGACGAAGUGGGACAUUCAGGUGCAGGAGUUCUACGAGUCUCGCGGACUUCCUGAGCCAGCUGCUCCACCGGAUGAGGAGGUAGAGGCUGUUCUUGCGUAUCAUGCAAAGAAGCCGUCCGAUCUGCGCGUUCGUGCACGCCACCGUCCGGACGGCGCCACAAAUAUGGGGGAUGACCCCAAUUUCUGGGGCCAGUCCGAACCAACCAUGAUGGCCACCGGUUCCAUGCAAGCUCUUUGGUCCAGGCGAACUGCACUCGGGAAAAACGGGGUACCUGUAACGUACCGGCACUGA